AUGAUUGUCACUCUGUACACUAUCUAUCUAUCUAUCUAUCUAUCUAUCUAUCUAUCUAUCUAUCUAUCUAUCUAUCUAUCUAUUCUCUGUACACUAUCUAUCCAUUCUCAGUCUGUACACUAUCUAUCUAUCUAUCUAUCUAUCUAUCUAUCUAUCUAUUCUCUGUACACUAUCUAUCCAUUCUCAGUCUGUACACUAUCUAUCUAUCUAUCUAUCUAUCUAUCUAUCUAUCUAUCUAUCUAUCUAUCUAUUCUCUGUACACUAUCUAUCUAUUCUCAGUCUGUACACUAUCUAUCUAUCUAUCUAUCUAACUAUUCUCUGUACACUAUCUAUCCAUUCUCAGUCUGUACACUAUCUAUCUAUCUAUCUAUCUAUCUAUCUAUCUAUCUAUCUAUUUAUCUAUCUAUUCUCUGUACACUAUCUAUCUAUUCUCAGUCUGUACACUAUCUAUCUAUCUAUCUAUCUAUCUAUCUAUCUAUCUAUCUAUCUAUCUAUUCUCUGUACACUAUCUAUUCUCAGUCUGUACACUAUCUAUCUAUCUAUCUAUCUAUCUAUUCUCUGUACACUAUCUAUUCUCAGUCUGUACACUAUCUAUCUAUCUAUCUAUCUAUCUAUCUAUCUAUCUAUCUAUCUAUCUCAGUCUGUACACUGUCUGUCUAUCUACCUAUUCUCAGAGUGUACAUUAUCUAUCUAUCUAUCUAUCUAUCUAUCUAUCUAUCUAUCUAUCUAUCUAUCUCAGCCUGUUCAUAUCUGUAG